AUGUUGUUGUACGAGGUCAGUAGAGGAAAAGGUGCAGUCCUCUCAGGCAAGUAUUCUACUUUCUUCAGAUCAUUUCUCUCAGGCACGCGACCUCGACUAUCGUCAUAUCGUGAACAAGGCAAGCGAUCAAAUAAGAGUAAAACCUCGCCUGGAACCAGCUUGAGCCGCUACAGCUUUCUCGUGGAGAUGUGGACCACUAUCGUCGCCGCCUUGGCCUUGGGUGCUGCGAGGAGUGUAGCACAGUUCGUGCCUGCUCCAACGGACCUAAUAAAGACCAAGGGCUUCUUGGACCUGCCGGUGCGAUACAAAGAGGUGCCUGAAGGCAUCUGUGAGCUUACUCCUGGGGUGAAGAGCUAUAGUGGCUACGUCGACAUCGAAGAUGGACAACAUAUUUUUUGGUGGUUCUUUGAGACUCGCAAUGGCGACCCAGAAUCUGCUCCACUUUCGAUCUGGAUUAACGGAGGGCCUGGCUCUAGCAGCAUGAUUGGACUGUUCCAGGAGUUGGGCCCCUGCGGAGUGGGAGCUGACGGAGAGAUAUACUUCAACCCGUACUCUUGGAAUAACGUCUCCAACAUGCUGUUUAUCGACCACCCAGCUCAGGUCGGAUUCUCGUACUCGGUUCCGGUUUCUGCCUAUGUUUCCGACAGCGGCAACAUAGUACAGCUUCCCAACGCUACCUGCCCCGACUACGCAGAAGAUCUAGGUACCUGCGGCACAUACUCUGCCCCAAACUUGACGGACACUGCCAACUCGACUGCCGCCGCGGCACCAUCGAUGUGGAAGACGCUACAAGGGUUUUUUGGUGCCUUCCCGCAGUAUUCGAGGCAUGAGUUCAACUUUGCGACGGAGAGCUAUGGUGGCCAUUACGGUCCAAUUUUUAACGAGUAUCUGGAGCAGCAGAACACCCUGAUCGAGUCUGGCAAGCUUCCUGGUGCCCACUACAUCAAACUCAGCACUCUCCUCAUCGGCAACGGCUGGUAUGAUCCCCUGGUACAAUACCAAGCCUACUACAAUUACACGGUAUAUCCUGGCAAUCCAUACGAUUAUUCUCCGUUCAACGCCAGUGUCCAAGACAUGAUGUACAACGCUCUGUACGGUCCCGGUAACUGCUACGAUCAGACCGUCGACUGCUACCGGACUUCUAUCAACGAAGUUUGUAGUGUCGCUGAUAGCUUCUGUGCCAAUAACGUCGAGGCAGUACUCGAUAAUAUUGCUCUCAGAGACGAGUACGACAUCCGUGAGCUGUCGACCAACGAUAUGCCUGACCCUUUUCCGUACGGCUUCUUCGCAGACUAUCUGAAUACGCCAAAAGUGCAGCAGGCUAUAGGAGCAUUCGUGAACUACUCAGAGUCGUCCAGUACAGUCGGGACCGCGUUCGGAACCACAGGCGAUGAUGAUCGCGAGGUGCCAGGAGGCAAAAUUGGCACCAUUGAAGCCCUCCAAUGCCUACUACAACAAGGCGUCUACGUGGCUGUUUAUUGGGGUGACAGUGACUACAACUGCAACUACAUCGGCGGCCAAGUGGUUGCUGAGCUCGUCGAGGCACCUGGCUAUGGAACAGCAGGGUUCGAAAAUAUUAGCACUUCGGACGAUAUUAUUCACGGCCAAGCCAAGCAAUCCGGAAACUUUGCGUUUGUCAGGAUCUACGAGAGUGGCCAUGAAGUCCCCUUCUACCAACCAGUUGUUGCUCUCGAGAUGUUUGAAAGAGCUAUCAACGGUCAAGAUAUAGCUACGGGAAAGGAGAGUGUAUGGCAUGGGUACAAGAGUGUGGGACCAGCUGAGAGCACCUUCAGAGAGGGUAAUGCAACGAUACAGAGCGACUUCUUGCCGCUGAACGCUACAUACAACACCACCACGAACGCACCGAACCCGACCAACGGCACUGUCGCGAAGAGGAGUCUCGAUCGCCGAGCUAUGCUGCCAACCCGAAGCGGGCUGUUCAAGCCCGGCCAGAAGGCACAAGAGGCGAGAAGAAAGUUCAUCCCACUUGGCCGCGAUGUGAAUGUGGAUGUGUAG